GGCUCCGUCCCUUAUUUCUUCGUCAAAAAAACCUGAAGAAAAUAAACUUGCAAUUACUAAUCCACCACCGCUUUUCCAAUCCAUUUUUCUUCUUCGCUUUGAAACCUCCACCCUUAUUUACUCUUCCUUCUCUCAACUAAUAACAAAUUCUCCUUUCUCUUCUUCACUACCAAAUCAAGCAGUCUUCCAGUUGAAUAGUUGUGAUAUAUAUAUCAACUUAAUUGGCAUUGAUGGCUUCCUCCAACAAACAUUGGCCUAGCAUGUUCAAGAAGUCGUCCAAGACGUCCAACCAUCUCAAUUGGCAGCAUGGUAUCAACUCAUCUCUCCUCUCCACUGCUUUCCAAAGAACUCCUACUUCAGAUGCAGGAGCAGGUGACGAGAGAAGUCCAGAACCAAAACCAAGAUGGAAUCCAAAACCAGAACAAAUUCGCAUACUUGAAGCAAUCUUCAACUCAGGCAUGGUGAACCCUCCAAGAGAAGAGAUAAGAAAAAUAAGGGCACAACUACAAGAGUAUGGCCAAGUUGGUGAUGCCAAUGUCUUUUACUGGUUCCAGAACCGUAAGUCAAGGAGCAAACACAAACUUCGACACCUCCACAAUUCUAAAACCAAUAAAAACAAGAAUCCAGAAUCUUCAAAUUCUUCAAAUUCUCUCCCUCAAAUCACUGCACCACCUUCGUCUUCGUCUUCUGAUAAGAAAGCCAACAAUGAAUUCUCCAAUAUUGGUUUUUCAAAUGGUGUUGUGGUGUCUAAUUCCCCUACAACUACAACCUCUGUGGAUCAAAACCAAGCUAGUGGUUUUUUUCAGACACCAUUUUAUAAUUUCCCUGUGGAGAAUAAUAAUAAUGAUGGUAUGACAACACAAGGGUUUUACUUACCUGAGUUUUCUAAUAUCAUUCACCACCAGGAUUUACCUCAACAGAAUGUUGUGCCUUUGGUUAAUGAUCAGAUCAUGAUCAUGAACUUUGCAAAUGAAAAUCGAAAUGGAACUUCUUCUUCGAUGAAAGACCAGCAGGGUCAAGAUAUUCAAGACCCACAACUCAGUUUUUGUGACACUUCAGCUUCAAGUACUGAAGAUCCAACUCUUGUUCCUCACAUUCCCAUUACUAAUGCUGCAGAUGUUACUGUUCCACCCUCCAUUACAGAUCAACUUCAAGGUGUUGGUGAGGAGGCAGAUGGUAGAGCAAAAUGCACAGUCAUCAUAAACGACGUCGUAUUCGAGGUUGAUGUGGGGCCCUUUAACGUUCGUGAAGCCUUUGGUGAUGGAGCUGUUCUCUUUGACUCCACCGGCCACCCUAUUCUCACCGACGACUGGGGUGUCACCCUCCACUCACUCCACCAUGGCGCAUCUUAUUAUCUGAUUUAAGGACGUGAAGCUCACCCUGCAGCUAUUGCUAGGGAUCAUUGCAGGAUUAAUUCAGAUACUUAUAUAUGCUGUCCUUUUUCUCUCUAUUAUUUGCCAUACUCUUUAAUUUAUUUUUUCUUUCUCCAUAUAUAUUAUAUACAUGUCCAUUGAUACUACUAGGGUUUAGGAAUAGGGUUACUAAAACUCACGACCACGACUCAUAGCUGAUUGGGUCUAAGUCGUUGAAUUGAAAGUAUGACUAUGGAAAUCUUAAUGUGGACCAGGUCUAUAUAUGUAUUUUUCCUUUUACUUUAAACAAAACUAUCCCCUGCUUUAAUUAGUA